GAUGGCAUCAGAACAGAAAGAGAGCUCACUGUGAAUAAAAAAAAGCAUCCAGGCCCAUUCCAGGAAUAUGAACUGCUGCUUCAGGUGGCCUAUAGAGAUUCCAAGGAGAAGAGAGACUUAGAGAAUUUUCUGAAGCUCUUGAAACCUCCAGCAUUAUGGUUGCACAAGCCAAUGAAGAUUAUUAGCACAAAGGCCACCACAUCCUGUGGCACCUUGAAUGGGAUCUUGCGGUGUGCCUGUGAAGAAGGCUAUACCUGGUUUCCUCCCACAUGCCUUGAUCCCCAGAACUGCAACCUUCACAUGGCUGGAUCACCCCCAAGCUGUGACUGUCAUCACCACAACCUCAGCCAGAGCAUCAAUUUCUGUGAGAGAACAAAGGUUUGGGGUACUUUCAAAAUUAAUGAAAGAUUCACAAAAGAUCUUUUGAAUUCAUCUUCUGCUAUAUACUCCAGAUAUACAACUGAAAUUGAAAAUCAACUUAAAGAAGCAUACAAAGGAAUUCAAGGUUUUGAGUCAGUUCAGGUCACCCAAUUUAGGGAUGGAAGUAUCAUUGCUGGGUAUGAAGUUGUUGGUUCCAGCAGCACAACUGAGCUGCUGUCUGCCAUUGAACAGGUAGCCGGGAAGGCUGAGGCAGCCCUUUGCAGGCAGUUCCCACUAGAAGACGGCUCUUUCCGAGUGUUCGGAAAAGCACAGUGUAACAGCAUUGUCUUUGGAUUUGGGUCUAAGAAUGAUGAGUACACUUUGCCCUGUAGCAGCGGCUAUACCGGAAGCAUCAUGGCUAGGUGCCAGUCCUCGGGGUGGCAGGUCAUCAAGGAGACCUGUGUGCUCCUUCAGCUGGAAGAAUUGAAGAAGAAUUUCAGUGUGAUCAUAGGCAGUGCCACUGAGGCAGCCGUGUCAUCUGUGGUGCACAAUCUUUCAGUCAUCGUUCAGCAAAGCCCAUCAACCACAGCUGGGAAUCUGGCUUCGGUGGUAUCCAUUCUGAACAAUGUUUCUUCCCUGUCAUUGGCAAGCGAUUUCAGGGUGUCCAACUCGACAAUGGAGGAUGUCAUCAAUAUAGCUGACCAUAUCCUUAAUUCAACAUCAGUAACUCACUGGACAGUCUUACUGCGGGAAGAAAAGCAUGCCAGUUCACAGUUACUAAAGACAUUGGAAAACAUCAGCAUUCUGGUACCUCCAACAGCUCUACCUCUGAAUUUUUCUCGGAAAUUCAUUAACUGGAAAGGAAUUCCAGUUACCAAGAGCCAACCCCCAAAGGAUUACAACUAUCAGAUUGAAAUGUUCCAAAAAAAUACCUCCAUUCCCAUCAGAGGCCAUGUGUUAAUUGGGUCAGACCAAUUCCAGAGAUCCCUUCCAGAAACUAUUAUCAGCAUGGCCUCCUUGACCUUGGGGGACAUUCUACCCAAUACCCAAAAUGGAAACGCUCAGAUCAACGGGCCUGUGAUAUCCAUGGUGAUGCCAAACCAUUCCAUAAAUGAGAUUUUCUUGAUCUUUUCCAAGAUAGAUUCAAAUCUGAGCCAGCCUCAUUGUGUGUUUUGGGAUUUCAGUCAUUUGCAGUGGAGCAAUGCAGGCUGCUAUCUAGUGAAUGAAACUCUAGACACGGUGAUGUGCCGAUGUACUCAUCUGACGUCCUUCUCCAUGCUGAUGUCACCUUUUGUCCCUCCUGUGAUCAUCCCUGCUGUGAAAUGGAUCACCUAUGUGGGACUGGGUAUCUCCAUCGGAAGUCUCAUUUUAUGCCUGAUCAUGGAGGCUCUGUUUUGGAAGCAGAUCAAAAAAAGCCAAACCUCGCAUACACGUCACAUUUGCAUGGUUAACAUAGCCCUGUCCCUCUUGAUUGCUGAUGUUUGGUUUAUUAUUGCUGCCACUGUGGACACCACAGUAAACCCUUCUGGAAUCUGCAUAGCUGCAGUGUUCUUUACACACCUUUUCUACCUCUCUCUGUUCUUCUGGAUGCUCGUGCUUGGCACCCUGCUGGCAUAUCGGAUCAUCUUCGUGUUCCAUCACAUGGCCUGGCCUUUGAUGAUGGUUGUUGGGUUCUGCCUGGGCUAUGGGUGUCCUCUCAUUAUAUCUGUCAUCACCAUUGUGGUCACACAACCUAACAGUAGCUACAAACAGAAAGAUGUGUGCUGGCUUAACUGGUCUGGUGAGAGCAAACCUCUCUUGGCUUUUGUUGUCCCUGCACUGACUAUUGUGGUUGUGAAUUUGGUCAUUGUGCUGUUAGUUCUCAAGAAGCUCUGGAGGCCAGCUGUUGGAGAAAGACUAAGUCGGGAUGACAAGGCCACUGUCCUCCGCAUGGGGAAGAGCCUCCUCAUUCUGUCCCCUCUGUUAGGGAUCACCUGGAGCUUUGGUAUAGGAACAAUGGUGGACAGCCAGAAUCUGGCUUGGCAUGUUAUUUUUGCUUUACUCAAUGCAUUCCAGGGGUUUUUCAUCUUAUGUUUCGGAGUGGUUUUGGAUAGUAAGGUUGUCUUCAUUAAGCUCUUGGACACAAACUUCAAAGCAAAAUUCAUCAGAUUUAUGUGACCAACCCAAAUUCUCAAAGCCUUUCAACCCACUGAAAAACAAAGG